UUUAAAAUGGCGACUGGCGGAAGUCUAUUUUCUGUCUUUCUUUUGAUAAUUUGACACACGUGCCGCGUGGAGUUUUGCCCCGCAGCACGAUGGUUGCGACUACAGACAAGAAGGCUCCGGCCGAGAAGAAGCCAGUGAAGGGUAAGGAGGACAGCAAGAAGCUGCCCGCUGUCCCUGAGUCAGUGCUCAAGCACCGCAAGAGGAGGGAAGCUCUCCGCACUCGUCGCCUGCAGGUUACCCUCAAGAGGCGUUCAUCUGCCAUCAAGAAGAGGAAGGAAAUCUUCAAGAGGGCUGAACAGUAUGUUAAGGAAUACCGCAUCAGGGAGCGAGAUGAGAUCAGGCUAGCCAGACAGGCUCGCAACCGCGGCAACUACUACGUACCUGGUGAAGCUAAGCUCGCCUUCGUCAUCCGUAUCCGUGGUAUCAACCAGGUCUCACCCAAGGUCCGCAAAGUUCUGCAGUUGUUCAGACUGCGUCAGAUCAACAAUGGUGUGUUCGUGCGCCUCAACAAGGCUACCGUGAACAUGCUCCGUAUUGCCGAGCCCUACAUCGCGUGGGGAUACCCCAACCUGAAGAGUGUUAGGGAGUUGGUAUACAAGCGCGGUUUCGCCAAGGUGAACGGCCAGCGUGUGCCCAUCACCUCCAACACAAUUAUUGAGCAGAAGCUCGGCAAACAGAACAUCAUCUGUGUUGAGGACCUCAUCCACGAGAUCUUCAGCGUCGGUGAGAAGUUCAAGUACGCCAGCAACUUCCUCUGGCCAUUCAAGCUGAACAACCCGACCGGUGGUUGGCGCAAGAAGACCAUUCACUACGUCGACGGAGGUGACUUCGGAAACCGUGAAGACAAGAUCAACGAGCUCCUGAGGAGAAUGGUCUAAGAAUAAACAUAGAUUAUAAUUAA